AUGACUGAAAGACGAAAGAAAAAAACCCACAAUGGAUUCCUUCGAAAAGUAUCUUCCUUGUUUAAUCUUGACACGGCUCACGUUACAGCACCUGAAAUGAAGCAGUUACAGAUAAAUGGCAUAGAGGGUGGAGGAUCAGAAAGGACAGUGGGUGAUGAUGGAUCCUUAUAUUUGACAGUAGUACUUUCAAGAGCAGGAGGUGCUGGUCUUGGAUUUAGUAUUGCCGGAGGCUCUGACAAUCCUCAUGUUGCUGAUGAUCCACUGAUAUAUGUCACUAAGCUUAUACCUGGAGGAGCAGCAGCUGCCAGCCAACUACAGAUAAAUGAUGCAAUUUUACAGGUUAAUGACACUAAUGUUGAAAAUGUGACUCAUGCUGAGGCAGUAGAUGCGUUAAAAAAAGCAGGCAACACUGUCAGACUGAAAGUAAGACGACGCAUGGUAGAAGAAACGUUAACGGUACCUAACCUAACAAACAAAGAACAAGCUGUAGAAAUUGAAUUGGUCAAAGGGGGCUCAGGACUAGGUUUCAGUAUAGCAGGUGGAGUUGGAAAUCAACACAUACCAGGAGAUAAUGGCAUCUAUGUGACAAAAAUAAUGUCAGGCGGGGCGGCACAUCGCGACGGCAGACUAAGGGUUGGCGAUAAACUUCUUAUGGUUAAAAACACAUCAAAAGGUGAUGUUAACUUAGACAAUGUGACCCAUGAGGAAGCUGUAAGUGCAUUAAAAGCAUCUGGAGAACGGGUUCAGUUAGUUCUGAUACCAGGACCAAGACACGGACAGCCAUCACCACGCACAUCUAGAGCCAAUACACCAUCCAGCACUGCUAAUUCCUUACGACGCGAAGACGUAACGGAUAGCAAUGAGGAGCCGCGUGUAGUAGAACUCGAAAAGGGACCACAAGGCCUUGGUUUCAAUAUUGUUGGUGGUGAAGAUGGGCAUGGCAUCUAUGUUUCUUUCUUAUUGGCUGGUGGCCCGGCUGAGAGAUCAGGUGAACUGCGUAGAGGCGAUAGACUACUUGCGGUUAACGAUAUUGAUAUAACGCACGCAACUCAUGAACAAGCUGCUAAGGCAUUAAAGGGCACAGGACAGAAUGUAAAAUUAACAGUAGUCUAUCGGCCUCAAGAGUAUAAUAAAUUCGAAGCCCGUAUCAAUGAGCUCAAACAGCAUCAUACACUUCUAAGGACGUCACAAAAGCGAUCACUUUAUGUUAGAGCAUUAUUUGAUUAUGACCCUGUGAAAGAUGAUGGUUUACCCUCCAGAGGACUUCCAUUCCGCUAUGGAGAUAUACUUCACGUCACAAAUGCUUCUGAUGAUGAAUGGUGGCAGGCCAGACGACUAGACACGACAGACGCGGAAGCAAUUGGCAUUAUUCCAUCGAAACGGCGUUGGGAAAGGAAACAGCGCGCACGGGAUCGGCAGGUGAAAUUCCAGGGUCAGGGAACUCCCGUGAGUACUAGCCAGUCUACGUUAGAGAGGAAAAAGAAGACAUUAUCAUUCAGCAGAAAGUUUCCCUUUAUGAAGAGCCGGGAGGACGGCAAAUCAGAAGAUGGUUCAGACCAAGAACCUUUCAUGCUUUGUUACACGCAGGAGGACGCUAACGCGGAUGGGGAAAUCUUGUACCGAGUGGAACUUCCCAUGAUGGAGGAGAUAACGCUCAUUUAUCUCGAGGACGAGAGUCAGGAUGAGACCGUGUUAUCGUAUGAGACGGUUCAACAGUUGACGAUUAACUACACGCGCCCUGUAAUUAUCCUGGGCCCUCUAAAGGACAGAAUAAACGAUGACCUAAUUUCAGAGUUUCCGGACAAGUUUGGAAGCUGUGUGCCUCAUACUACUCGGCCGCGUCGUGAUUACGAAGUGGACGGUCGCGAUUACCACUUUGUGGCGAGUCGCGAGCAAAUGGAGCGCGAUAUACAAAACCAUCUGUUCAUUGAGGCCGGCCAAUAUAACGACAAUCUCUACGGCACGUCCGUCGCUUCCGUCCGGGAGGUCGCUGAGAAGGGUAAACAUUGCAUUUUGGACGUCAGCGGAAAUGCCAUAAAGAGAUUACAAGUGGCGCAACUUUAUCCUAUUGCCAUAUUUAUUAAACCAAAGAGUGUAGAUUCUAUAAUGGAAAUGAAUAAGAGAAUGACUGAAGAUCAAGCUAAAAAAACAUACGAACGUGCGUUGAAAAUGGAACAAGAGUUCGCUGAAUACUUCACUGCGGUGGUGACGGGCGAUACUCCAGAAGAGAUCUAUGCGAAAGUGAAGGCGGUGAUCACGGCGGAGAGCGGCCCCACCGUGUGGGUGCCGCGCCGCGAGCCGCUGUGA